AUGCAGCGGGAGCUGGGGAAGCGCCGCGCCGCGCCCGACGGCGCCAAGAAAGAGGCGCUGGCGGAGCUGCUGCUCGCGGCCAUCAUGCAGGAGCACGCGGCGCUCACGAGCGGCGGCGCGACGCAGCGGCAGCCCGAGGGCGUGGAAGCGGCGGCGGCGACGGCGGCGGACAGGGCCGCGCCUGCACCCAAUCGCGGGCGGGCGCGCACGGCUGGGCGGACGGCGGCGGCAAACGGCGUGGAGGCAGGGGAGCGGAGCGAACAGCAGCAGCAUAAGCAGCCGUUUGAAGCGGCCGAAUCGCCGCCGUUACCACCGCAGCAGCAGCAGCAGAAGGAGCAGCAGCAGCAACAGCAGCAGGAGCAGCCGCCCCGCGCGUCUGGGCCGCAGCCGGCCGCCGGCGCGCCGCCGGCCCCCGCCGACGAGACGCCCGAGCAGCGGGCGCUCCGCAUCGCCCGCAACACCGUGGCGGAGGGCGGCGGCGUGACGCCCGAGGAGGGCCUGGCGGUCUGCGCGGCCAGCGGCGUGGACCCAGAGUCCCUUCCGCCGUUUGCCGUGGGGACGAGGGGCGCGUCGUACGAGGUGCGGCAGCUGCAGAUGCUGCCGGAAGAGGAGGAGCUGGUGCUGUCGAACAACCGCACCGCGCUGAUGCUCUCCUUUCUGGGCACGUCCGGCGAGACGACCGGCGACACGCGCCGCGCGCCCUGCCUGGGGCUGCUGCGCGGCAAGGACGUCUGGCUGUUUGACGCGGGGGAGGACACGCAGCGGCAGAUUGUGCAGCACCCGCACCUGCGACCCAGCAAGGUCUUCCGCCUGUUCGUGUCGUCGCUGCGCGCCGAGCGCAUCCUGGGCCUGCCCGGCCUCAUCUGCACCGUCGGCUCGUCGCGCGAGCGGGGCCACGAGAACGCAGACAUCCCGGUGCACGUGUACGGGCCCCCCGGCACCGCAGAGUUCCUGGCGUGCGUCUACCAGGUGUCCACCACAUACGUGGAGAUGCCCAUCUUGGUGCACGAGUUUGUGCCCGGCCCCGUGGACACCUCGGAGCCCCAGCUCUUCAACCGCCGCGCCAAAAUCUGGCGCCAGGCCAUGCCGCCGGACCAGCUCAAUCCCGACGGCUACAUCGACGGCGAUCUGUCCGCGUUCAUGCCCACACAGGGCCGCGCGACGCGCAGCAAGGGCUCCCGCGCCGCGGGCGGCCCCCUCCGCACCGACGAGCGCGCGGGCUACCUGCCCCUCCCCCUUCCGCCGCCCGGCGACCCCGCGGCGGCGGGCCGCGUCGCGCCCUCUGAAAUGACCUGGUCGAUUGUGGCGGACUCGAGCGCGAUGGUAACGGCCGUGCUGCUGGACUCUGAGUCGCCGCCGGCCUUUGGGUUUGUCAUCCGGGAGGCGGACAGGCAGGGGAGCAUCAGCAUGCCGCGCUGCAACGCGCUGCACGUGCAGCCAGGAAGCGGGUCGUACAUGCAAGCUGCUUCGCUCCGCGGUGCCCCUGCGCUGCCCCCUGACGCCAGCGCGCGUGCGAUCUUGCACUGA